CGGACUUCCCCAAGCUGCAGCUCCAUCCAUCAACAUUCUCACCUUCAGCUUCCCCCCCUUUCUCCGUCGCCCCGUCUCCGUCCAUUCGCCCAAGGCUGUAGCCUCCCAUCCUCCCUCCCUCGCUCGAAAUGGCCGACACCGAAGAUGCGGGCACCUCGUCCGUCUCCGAACCCCUCGAUCUGGUGCGCCUAUCGCUCGAUGAAAUCGUCUUCGUGAAGCUGCGCGGUGAUCGCGAACUCAAGGGCCGUCUCCAUGCGUAUGACAGCCAUUGCAACCUGGUAUUAGGCGAUGUGGAGGAGACCAUCUACGUGGUCGAGGACGAUGACAACGAGGAGGAGACCAUCCGGACGAUCAAGAAGCAAGAAGAGAUGCUAUUCGUGCGAGGAGACUCCGUCGUUCUGAUUUCACCCCAGGCGUGAGGAGACGCGGGGAGGCGACCACCAGGCAGAUAGAUGGGGCUGGAUCUGAUCUGAUAUCGAUAUCUAUGUGCGGCCAUGCGGGGAAAGAAGAUCUCCCACCUCCAGGCGACGAACCAAGAACCAAGAUCUAAGAACCAAUACAUACGAGACCACGACCACCGGGCGAUGUGACAGGGACUCCGGAUGAUAAUAUUAUUGUUCACCUUCUAAUGGAUUCACGUACGCGGAUCACGCUGGCUUGUUGGGUGGGCUUUUUGCGGGAUCUGCUCCUGUUGUCAAGUCCAUGGCCGCUGGGAAGGGCGUGAAGACGUUCGUCCCUGGCAUUGUGGCAUUCUGGCAUUGUGACAUUAUGGCAUCAUGCCACACCUCGCAGCACUAGAAAUAGACCCUUACCGGGACCGGAUUGUUUUCCGGUCUGCGACUAGAGUCCAAACAUGCCGAAGACGAUUAGACGGGAAUUAAUCGAGUCCAGUAGACAUUGAUAUUGAG